UACGACUAUAUCAUACGGAUUAAAAUCAAACCACCACUACUGCACAUCCUGCCGUCUGCGUAUGAACAUGGAGCGUCUAUUCCAACAAGACGAUCAUGCCAGACAGAGAAUUCCUUUUCCUAAUCCAAAUCUCUUCUUCCAGCUUUCUCUUCUUCCCCAAGAUAUGCUUUUCGAAAUUCUUAUUCGACUUGGUGCCAAAUCUCGAGGGAAGCUAUGCUGCGUUUCCCAAUCCUUCCGCUCCAUAAUCACCGCUCCAAGUUUCGUCGAGUUUCACCGGAAUUGGUCCACGGCGGCUGACCGCGGCACAACCAUACUCUUCUCUAUUUCAGCUGCGCUUGAUACUCCUAAAUCUGGUGGCUUCACGGACCAAUCCGCGUGGUUCAAGUACUGUUUCCCGCCGGAUGAGUUUUACACCAUAAAUUACAAAUCUCACGAAGGAAAUCAGCCCCUUGAAGCAAAGCGUGUUGGCAACUUCAGCGAAUUCCGAUACGGGUCUUCUGCGGGAGAUCUGAUAUAUCUCUCCGACUGCCUUAAUAAAGGAGAAGGGGUGAUUGGCAACCUCAGAUCCGGACAACAGACUGCCCUCCCGACAACAAUUCCGGAUUGGACCGUUUAUAAGACCAAUGCUCUCGUGCUCUUGGGAUUCGACAGCUCCUCGGCAACAUACAAAGUUUUGAAAUCGGAAUUUGGUGACUCUACCGUCAAGCACUGGGUGCUGACACUGGGCGUGGAUGCAACCUGGCGGGAGAUUAACUCCUCUGCACAAUUUUACCCUGGUUGUUAUUUCAACAAUAGUGUUUGCAUAAAUGGUGUUCUCUAUUUCUACAAUGGGAGGCGGACGAAAGCAGCAGGCCGUGACUUUCCCAUCGUGGCAUUCGAUCUCAGAUCGGAGACUUUUCGCCUGAUUGCUCUCCCUCCGGACAAAAGUGUAAUGGAAGCUAUGGAACAAGGUGAUUUGGAGAAAUCCUCUUUCGUAGAAUUGGACGGCCGGUUUACUGUCAUUCUUCUCUUUCAAGACAUGCUUAUUACCUGGAGUUUGGAUACGGAGGCGAACUCGGCCUCGUGCUGGAAGAAGCACACUUUCCUUCUUCCAUUUGAGCUGCUUGGGCAGUUUCGGGUGGGCAGAGGUAAAAUUUUUUGCACUCUUACAACAACUCCCACCGGGGAAAUCUUGGUUUUAACGCGCCAGUGGGAGACAUGUUCUGUUUGGGUAUUGUUUGAUAAGUUUGGACCAGAAGACCCGAUUUGGAAGAAAUUUGGAAUCAACGGACUGGGAAACUUUCCUAAUUAUGGUGUCCAGGCAUUCAAAGCUGUAAUGGUGCAAAAUCUUGCUGAAAAUCUCUUGCACCCCGAAUAGGCCGGACAUAAUGGUUGGUUAGAUGAGUAAUAUACUUAUUAGAUAAGCAUUGGUUAGAUAUAAUUGUUCAUAGAAUGUUCUUAAAAACGUAUUCCAUUGCACAAACUUUGGUUACAUAUAGUUAUUCAUUCAUGUCUUUAAUGACAAACUUACUUUUAUCUUGUUUAGAUUAGAUAGUCAAGAACGUAUGUGUCUGGGUGCAAGGAAAAUGAGUUCACUGUUUGUUGUUGAGGCCUAAAUUUUAACGGGCGAUACAAAUUUGUAGUUCUGGUACAAAAGAAAAAGAGACCUAUUAAAU